AUGGCCUCAAAAGCUUUCUUGAUCGCAAUCCUUGUUGCAAUGGUAGCUGCUCCAUCUAUGGCGACUGAACACAUGGUCGGAGGUGAUGCUGGUUGGAAAGUGGGCGUCAAUUACACAGUAUGGGCUGCCGGAAAGAAGUUUUACGUUGGAGAUACACUCAUGUUUAUGUACCAGAAUGGAUCCGACAAUGUUUUGAAAGUAGAUGGUCCUAGCUUCCAAAAAUGUGUGGCAUCAAAUACAACCGGUCUUCUAACCAGCGGAAAUGACGUAAUUACCCUUGCAAAACAGGGGAAAAAGUGGUACAUUAGCACGGUUGAGGAUCACUGCUCCAAGGGAGUGAAGCUUGUGAUCACUGUAGCACCAGCACCCGCUCCGGCUCCUUUACCUCCCCAAUCUCCGGGAUCUUCAGGAGCCUCGAAAAUUUCUCCCUUCAAAUCUUGUAUGUUGAUUGUUGCAGCACUAGUUGUUUUCAAGAUGGUCCUGUCUUAA